GUUGAAUAAUGGGGAAAGAAAGAGAAGAAUCAUACCAGCCAGCAGCCACAUCGUUCCAAUUUGUUAUCAUCUUCUUCAAUCCAAUCGCGCCACAGAACAAAAACCUAAGCAAAACAACAGGAAAUCCCCCAAUACCCCCAAUACUCCCCAUAGCCAUGGAGAUCGCUUCCACUACCCUUUCAGUUUCCAGGCCGCCGCCGCUUUCUUUGCCCAUUUCUUCUUCCACCUCCGCCUUCUUCAACACCGCUGGAGUCUCCCUCUACAGUACGCCCAAGAGAGGCAGCUCUCUGUUCAUGGGCAGGGUUAGAACACACAGACCCAAAAAGGGCAUGGGUUGCUAUGCUCUGUUCGGUUUGGGCGUUCCGGAGCUCGUCGUGAUUGCUGGUGUGGCAGCUCUGGUUUUCGGUCCCAAGAAGCUCCCCGAAGUUGGCAAGAGUAUUGGUAAAACUGUCAAGAGCUUCCAGCAGGCAGCAAAAGAGUUCGAGACUGAGCUCAAAAGGGAACCUGAAGAGACCACUACAGAGACGCCUGCAGCAAUCAGUGAAGAAAAGAAGCCGCAGCAGCAAGAUCUUGAAGUAUGAAGCUCAAAGGAUAGAGUAUGAGCAUCGUAUAAGCAUAUGUAGUUGCUAUGUUUUUGCACGAAAAUCCGAUUGUUGUAGCAAUGUGUUGUGAACGCCAUCCUGUUCUCGAGUUGUAGAAUGAAUCCACGUGUAUCCUUUCAUCCAAGAAUUCAGGGACAUGAUCAUUCAUCUUUGAUGUGGAACCUUGGUAGGAAGUUUAGAAGUCCUUAUGGACAGGUGAGGCUUAAAUAUGAAAUGAAAUGGAUACCACUUGAUAUGGUGUAGAUGUUCUCGACCCUGCCUAGAAGAAGUAUGAUUUUACAGCUGGCAGCGAUAAUUUAGAAUUGCUCUGCUUGGGAAGUCUCGUCACGAGCUUAAACUCAAGAAGGUGAGUCUUGAUGCUCAAGAAAAGUGGGGCUAGAUCUAUCUUUGUUUCCAUGGAUGAUAGGAGUUCCUACUUUGAAGUUUGAACGGAUGGACUGAAGGAUGUGGUGACUGGUGGCCAUGCAGUUUAUAAAACCCUAGAAGUGGUUGUGUUGCAAGACAAGUUAGUGGUAGGGUGAGCAUUGUUUAUAAAACCAUAGUUGAAGUGGUUGUGGUACAAGUUAGUGGUAUUAAUUUAACUAAUAGGGUGUAAUAAAAACUAG